AUGACUUCCCACAGACCAGAUACCUGCUGUUUCAAGGGUUUCAAGCAUGAAGGCGAAGCAACCGGACAAAUUGAGCAAUGGAAUUACUUCGAAGUCUACGUCAAAUACCCCGAGAACAAGUCUACGGAGAAAGCGAUUCUGUUCUUGACCGAUAUCAUUGGCCACCGAUCCAUCAACUCCCAAUUGAUGGCCGAUCAAUUCGCCGCCAACGGAUACUUCGUCGUGAUGCCCGACCUCUUUUACGGUGAUGCGAUUGAGCUGAAUAAAGUCGGCGAGCUCGAUAUUGCCAAAUGGUUUGUGGGGGGAUACAGUGCCAAAGGCAUCGGUCACGACCCAACCACUGUUGACCCGAUUAUCGAGACAUGCUUGUCCGAGAUGCGACUCAAGCAUCACUGCAAAAAAAUCGGCGCAGUGGGAUACUGUUUCGGAGCGAAAUACGUCGUUCGGUACCUCCGUCCGGAUCAAGCCAAGAUCGACGUCGGAUACGGUGCUCAUCCAAGCCACAUCGCAAAGGACGAGCUCGAGGGCAUCAAAGGCCCCUUCGCCAUCGCCGCCGCGGAGAACGACCACGUUUUCCCGCCCGAGAAGCGCCACGAAAGCGAGGAAAUCUUGAAAUCAUCAGGCCUGCCUUAUCAGAUAAACCUGUACGGCGGGGUUGCGCACGGGUUCGCGGUACGUGGAGACCUGAAAGAUCGCACGCAAUUGUACGCAAAGGAAGCAUCUUUCUUGCAAGCUUUGCAAUGGUUUGAGGCGUAUCUAUAG